GCGUGGGCGGGGCGUGGGCAGCCGCGCGCGGAGCCGGGGCCGGACAGGAGCACGGCUUGUGGGGUCGAGACCGCGCGGCGGUUGAGCGGCGGGAGGCGCCGGCGGGCGGGCGAGGGCCCGGCGGAGUGACGCUUUCGAGUCCAGGGCGAUAUCUGCACCACUUGGGUUCGUGGAGUCCUGUAAAGAGGUCCACGUGCUUCAUUCAACUCACCUGUUUGCUUGCCAGUGGUUACUGAGCAUCUGUUCUGCACCAGGACUCGCGCGGAUGUCCCGAGGCAUGAGCCCCCAGCCACGUGGCUGGGCCCAGUAGCACAUCGUGGGACGGGAGUGUGCGCCCACACAUGGUUUGGCCCUGCGGUGACCGGAGCAGCCUGGGCCACCACCAUGAUGAAGUUGUUGGUGGCCAAAGUCCUCUGCAUGGUGGGCGUGUUCUUCUUCAUGCUGCUUGGCUCCCUGCUCCCGGUGAAGAUCAUCGAGACGGAUUUUGAGAAGGCCAGUCGCUCAAAAAAGAUCCUCUCGCUCUGCAAUACCUUUGGAGGCGGGGUCUUUCUGGCCACGUGCUUCAAUGCCCUCCUGCCUGCCGUGAGGGAAAAGCUCCAGAAGGUUCUGAGUCUUGGGCACAUCAGCACCGACUACCCACUGGCCGAGACCAUCGUGAUGCUGGGCUUCUUCAUGACCGUCUUCCUGGAGCAGCUCAUCCUGACGUUCCGCAAGGAGAAGCCGUCCUUCAUCGAUCUGGAGACCUUCAACGCCGGCUCGGACGCUGGCAGCGACUCGGAGUACGAGAGCCCCUUCAUGGGGGGCACGCGGGGCCAUGCGCUCUACGCGGAGCCCCACCCCCACGCACACGGGCUCAGCGUCCAGGAGCUGUCGCGCUCCAGCCCGCUGAGGCUCCUCAGCCUGGUGUUUGCCCUGUCGGCGCACUCCAUCUUCGAGGGCCUGGCCCUGGGCCUGCAGGAGGACGGCGAGAAGGUGGUGAGCCUGUUCGUGGGGGUGGCCGUCCACGAGACGCUGGUGGCUGUGGCCCUGGGCAUCAGCAUGGCCAGGUGCUCCAUGGCCCCGAGGGACGCGGCCAAGCUGGCCGUCACCGUGAGCGCCAUGAUUCCCCUGGGCAUCGGCAUCGGCCUGGGCAUCGAGAGCGCACAGGGGGUGCCCAGUAGCGUGGCCUCGGUGCUGCUGCAGGGCCUGGCGGGCGGCACGUUCCUCUUCGUCACCUUCUUUGAGAUCCUGGCGAAGGAGCUGGAGGAGAACAGUGACCGUCUGCUCAAAGUCCUCUUCCUGGUGCUGGGUUACGCUGUCCUGGCCGGCAUGGUCUUCCUCAAGUGGUGAACUGCCCACCGCCCGCCCGCCGGACACAGGCAGUCCCCAGCCCCCCGUCCCCCAGGCGGGGGCGCUCAGGCCCCGGGCUUCCCGCCUGUGCACGGAGGGGCUGCGCCCCAGAUCCUAUGCCCCGAGCCCGAGGCACCGCGACCACUUUUAAAAAUACUGCUCUUAUAAUUACUUACCAAAGCUGUGUGGCCAUGUCGUCCUCUGGCAUCGGGAUCUGAGGACUCGCACAGGCGCUGGGGCCCGGGCACCCAGAGGGGGUCGGGCUGGGACCCUCCCCUCCCCCGCACACUCCCACCUGUGUACAGGACAGGAAUAUGGCCUAUCUGAGCCGCUGAGCCCAGUCGGAGGCUUGAGACUUGCGUCCUCUGCUCCCAGCUGGCUCUGUUCCUAACAGAGGAGCCCGCCAGCCUGGAGCGUCUGACCAGGGAUCACAGGGCAGCUCUAACUCCUGCCACCUGACGCCGUGCCUCCUGGGAGACGGGCAGGGUCCUGGGCACCUCAGGACUCCCCUCCUCCCUGCCUUCCUGCGUGCCCCCUCCCACACACCCUUGGUGGGCCAGGUGAGCGUGUGGGUUCUUUAAGGGAACAGAGGCCCAUGGACCCGAGAGAUGCGCAGGUGGGGCCGGGGGCCAGCGUGGUUGGUUGGUUGUCAGUCCUGUCCCCGGAGUGAGACAGACUUCCGUGGGCUAUGGGGGCAGGGCCACACGCCAUUCACCUUGCCCGAUGCACAGACACAUGAAGCCAGCACCUGCCUCGGGUGAGUGUGGGGCUGAUGCCAACCCUGGGCGUCGGCUCCGUGGCAACCUGUUGUCGCAGAAGCCCAGAGCCGUGCCUCUGGGAACAGAGUCAGGGGUGACAGCCUUUCCCAGUGGAUUCCACAUGUCUGGCUUGAAGCCACCAGAGGUGCUACAGGAGGGAGGGCGGGCCCGUGGCCAGGCCGGGUGCUUGUGGCCUCAGCCUCGCAAGCUUCGUCACGGGCACUCGGGCCUCCUCACUUGGCCACUCAGCUGCAGGCACGCGGGCCCUGGAGCGUGCCUUCCCAGGACCCUGGAUCUCCACCCUGCGCCCCUCACGGCCGGCAGCCCUCCCCCCCCACCCCACCCCCCCCCACCGCUCAGCAGAUUAAGCCCUGGCAAGCACAGGCCCCUUCUGCCCCGGGACGUGAACUGCCUGCCCGUGGGUGGGUGGGUGGGUGGGCGCGCCCGCACCCCGGGGGCUGCCUGCUGCCACCGCUCAGCCCCUCCCAGCGCAAGGCCCGAGGGGACACCUGUGCCAUGGCCCUGGCCCCCUUGAGUUUUGUCACAAGAGGCAGGGGGAGUGGGGAUGUGUGUCCGAGCCCCCCCACUUGUGCUCUGCCUGCCCCCACCUUGUCAUGUGAACUGUCCCAUUGCUAGAAACUUCUUUUCUUCUGGGGCCCCAUCUCUGAACCCCACACGGCCCGCCCUGUCCCUGUGCUGGGACGAUGACCGCCAUGGGGGUGGGGGCCUCCACCCUCCUUUCCAUGGUGGCCUAAACCCAGUGUUGGCAGCCUCUGCUGCCACACUUCACCCCACCCCGGAACUGGAAGUUUCCACCCAUUUGGCCUUCUCCCCAGGGGUGGGGAGGCGGGUGUCUGUGGAGCCACCAGGUUCUGUAGCCCACCUUCACCUGGACCGAGGAGGUCUGCUCCGGGGUCUCAGCUUUGUAUCCCCCAUCACUGCCGAAAGCACACACACAGCAUGGUCUCCCCUCCUGCCAGCCAUCAGCUCCAUGGAGUGGCCCUGGGGACACCACAGCCUGACUGCCCAUGUCCCCCCGCCGAGCCCAUGGAGGUCCCCAAGGCCAUGUUGUCCCCCUCACCCUGAGCCAGCUUCCUGACCAGCCAACCCAGGAAGGGCACCGUCACGCCAGCCAGGAACCUUGGGGUGUGGAAAGACCCGGGUGCCCCUCUGUGGGCCCCAGGCCAGUCACCCUGGUCCCCAGCGUCCUAACCCUCUCCAUCUGCUGGCCAUGGCCACUCCUGGCUGACCUGCUCUCAGUACGGUCCCACCAGCCCCAGCAAAGCUGCUUCAAGGACCCCGGAGCCCCGAGAAGUGUGAGGGGGCUAUGUUGGAAGAGCGGACACAGACUGCCACAGCAGCCCCCCAAGGCCACUCCCGGCCACCCCUCCUGUCUUCUGUGGUCAGCGGAGCCAGGAUCAGCCCUGGGACCUGCUUAUGGAAGCUGCCACGGUCGGCCAGCCGUGAGGGGUGACAGUGUCUUCACUUUGGUCAGCUUUCCCCGCGUGGGGCGAGGAGCAGACCGUCCCCACGUCAAGGUCGGAAGAGUGGCUGUUUUGCCCUCUGACGGAGGCCCCGGAGAAGCAGCACUCACUCCUGAGCUUCCCUGGCCCCUGGUGGCCCUGUCCCCCCACCAGCUCUGACACAAGAGCACUGCCACUUGCUGACAGGAGCUUUGUCUUGAACAAGACUGGAUUGCUCAGCACCUGGCCCGGGAUCAGCCCCCCUACGAGACUGGACGUCAGCCGCAAAAGGCCAUCGCUAUGCAACUUUGUCAUAUUGAGGGAAGGUCGGUGGAGAUUCCUGCCUCCUGGGGGUCUUUCUCAGUAAGGGGGUGACCCCCUAGGGCGCACCAGGCAGUGUCUGGGGACAUCUAUGUUUGCCACAUGGGGGUGUCCUGGCACCCAGUGGGUGGGGCCGGGGUGCCACUCAGCCCCCACAGUGCCCUGGACACCCCCGCAGAGGAUGCCCCCACUGGGCUGCAUGUCCUUGGUGCAGACAGGGAGAGAUGUUGCUUUGAGUCACGGGAAGUGAUGGUGAGUUGUGCGUAGAGGCCAGUUAGCCGUGAGAUCCUGUGUGCGUGUGCGAAAGAGGGAGGCGCACACCUGCCGACAGACAGCGUAGCACACUCGGCCGGGACUGGAGGCGCUGCCGUCACGGCGUGGAUGUGAGUGCCCAGACCGCACACCCCGCUUUCUGUCGUAAAUAACCGCAGCCUCAGCUCAGAACACCGGGCACCAACCUUGUCUGCGUGGACUUGGCAGGGUCGGGGCCGCCCCCAGCCACCUGAUUGGCCCUGAGCCGGCAGGUUCCUGGAUGGGCAGGAUUAGGGGGGGUGCCCUGGGCUGGGGGCGCCAUUCAGAGCUCUGCCAGGAGGAGGGUUACCUCCAACCGGGCUCCGGUCGUCGGCCAAGCCCACUGGAGCGUUUGCCUCCACCAGGAAGUCCCUGGCCCCACCCUCAGCCCUCUGAGGUCUGCUGUGCGUCGGGGCUCACGGCACAGGCGGCAGCUGGAUGGAGUCACCCAGAUUCCCCUCCCUCAUCUGGAGACAGGAGGAAAUUACGAGGCGGCACCCAGGCCUCGUGGAUUGAAUCAACCUUAAUAGCAGCGUGUCAAGGCUUCUGUUGUCUGCUGUUUGCGUCUCUGGUGCAGAAGUUAUUAGUGGGGGGCGGGGAGGGGCAGCACCGGUUCCCGGCCGGUGUCUUUCCAGCCCCCAAGACAGGCAGUGGAUGGGAUGGUGCCUCCACGGAUGGUGUCAAGACCUCCCCUGGCCACUAGCUCUGGACCCUCGGCCCUGUCAGGAAGAGGGAGGCACGCGUCCCACCUGGCCCAGCCUGCGCCCGCCCUGAACCAUGCACCAGCUUGUGGACAAAGCCAGUGACCAACCUUUCUGACCUUCCCAGCGCCUCCUGCAGGAGGAGAGGGGUCCACUAUAGGGCACGGGUGUCAUUCCAGAGGACCCUGGAACUGUUCUCUGGGCGGUCAGGUGCUGAAGCCACACUAGGCCGAAGCAGGGAGAAGCCCUUCCGUGUCCUGUCACCCCAGAGGCCUCUGUAGCUCCCGGGGCAGGGACCGCUGACCUGGCUGGCUGCGGUGUCCCGACUGCGGGCUGUGAUCGCGGGCUGCCCACCCUGGCUGGACAGAUGGGCAGUUCAGAGCUCCCGCUUCUGCAGCGCACAGGAGGCAUGACCAAAGUAAACUGCUCCACAGCUGGUGGGCCCUCUCCCUCAAGGGACCGGCUGGGCCUCCCUCUGACCCCUUGGGCUGAUGGCCUAGAACACUGUCUCCAUCUCGGCACCAUAGACAUUUGGGACGGUCUUGCCCAGUGUAGGGUGGGAGCAGCAUUCUGGCUGCAGGGUGGGGCUGCCGGACUUGCAUCUCUGCCAAGCCCCCCGGUUAUGCUGGUCUGGGGACACGUUUGGGAUCCAUGGCCCUCUGGGCUCUCUCCCCCAGAACUGCCAACACAGGACUGUCCUGGGCACUGUGCAGGGGCGGGGUGGGGAGGGAGGGAGCAGCAUCCCCAGCCCCCGCCCACGGGAUGCCAGGAGUACCCCAAUUGUGGCGACUACAGAUGUUCCCAGACACGGCCCCGUGUCCCCUGGGAGCAGACUCACCCAAGGGUGAGGCCCAGCACCCUGGGACGCAUGGCAGCUCACCUAGUGAGGGGACAGAUGACACCCACGUGCAGUGCAGUAUCAGGUGACAAUGACAGAAAAAGCAAAGCGAAGGGAGAGAGACAAGGAAAAUGGAAACAAUGUUAGCAACAUGGUCCGGGAGGAAAUCGCUACGAGCCACUCGAGUCCCAAGAAGAUGGGGAAAGAACUUUUCCAGUGGGGGGGAGGGGGGAAGGUGGGCAGGCUGUGCAAAGGCCAUGAGGUCUCUGGGAGUCGUGGCCCUUUUUUCUGACUGACCACAGCCACCCUGGCAUCACAGGGCUUUAUCCUGCCAGUGCAAAGACUUCAGUGACCCCAUACUUGGGGAGGAGCCCUGGGCUGCCUGCACUGGCCCGCCAGGUGGCUUUGGUGAGGAACCAUCCUCUUUCAGCCGGGGCUGGGGUCCAGCUCCUGCAGAGACUGACUGGCAGGAAUUCAGGCUCGGGAGGGCCAGCCCAU